CAGCCAAUGAAGAGGCUCUAUCCCAGCUUGCUUGGGGGCUUCUGAGUUUGAGCAGCCUGCAGAAAUGUAAGGCAUUGCUUCCAGGCGCUGAUGGCAAAAUGGGACCCAUCUCCAGUUAUUCCUUGGGCUUCCCAGCUCUGCAGAUCUGGGAGAGAACCUACAUAAACAUAUUGGUGAUGUAGCCAGCUUUCAAGGCCGAGAGAAUCCUUAUGGAUUCGGGAGACUGGUUUUUCAUUUAGAAUUUUCUUUUUCCUUUGGAAGAUGAAAUGCUUCUCUCGUUACCUGCCUUACAUCUUCAGACCUCCAAACACCAUCCUCUCUUCCAGCUGCCACACGGAAGGCUCGGACCAUGGUGCAGUCCCACUGGCUCCCCUGCCCCCCUCUCCUGUGAGACUGGCUGCGGGGUGGGAUCAUGGAUACUUGUCUGCCGGCUUCUGGUUCCCACGCAAGUAAGCCUGCUGUCAAUGGAGGAGGACAUUGAUACCCGCAAAAUCAACAACAGUUUCCUGCGCGACCACAGCUAUGCGACCGAAGCCGACAUUAUCUCUACGGUAGAAUUCAACCACACGGGAGAGUUACUAGCGACAGGGGACAAGGGGGGUCGGGUUGUAAUAUUUCAGCGAGAACAGGAGGUGCUUCUGGAGGAGCAAACUCCAGCUGUUGUCUUGGGAUCUGUCCUCCGGGUGUUGAAAUCCCAUCUCCCUUCAUUUCAGAGUAAAAACCAAGUUCACCGUAGGGGUGAAUACAAUGUUUACAGCACAUUCCAGAGCCAUGAACCCGAGUUCGAUUACCUGAAGAGUUUAGAGAUAGAAGAAAAAAUCAAUAAGAUAAGAUGGCUCCCUCAGCAGAAUGCAGCUUACUUUCUUCUGUCUACCAACGAUAAAACUGUGAAGCUGUGGAAAGUCAGUGAGCGCGAUAAGAGGCCAGAAGGCUACAACCUGAAAGAUGAGGAAGGCCGGCUCCGGGAUCCUGCUACCAUCACGACCCUGCGGGUACCCGUCCUGAGACCCAUGGACCUGAUGGUGGAGGCCACCCCACGAAGAGUGUUUGCCAAUGCGCACACAUACCACAUCAACUCCAUAUCCGUCAACAGCGACUACGAGACCUACAUGUCUGCUGAUGACCUGAGGAUUAAUCUGUGGAACUUUGAGAUAACCAAUCAGAGUUUUAAUAUCGUGGACAUCAAGCCAGCCAACAUGGAGGAGCUCACAGAGGUGAUCACGGCAGCCGAGUUCCACCCCCAUCACUGCAACACCUUUGUAUACAGCAGCAGCAAGGGGACAAUCCGGCUGUGCGACAUGCGGGCAUCCGCCUUGUGUGACAGGCACACCAAGUUUUUUGAAGAGCCGGAAGAUCCGAGCAACAGAUCGUUUUUCUCUGAAAUUAUCUCUUCAAUUUCGGAUGUGAAGUUCAGCCACAGUGGGAGGUAUAUCAUGACCAGAGACUAUCUGACCGUGAAAGUCUGGGAUCUCAACAUGGAAAAUCGCCCCAUCGAGACUUACCAGGUUCACGACUACCUCCGCAGCAAGUUGUGCUCCCUCUACGAAAAUGACUGCAUUUUUGAUAAAUUUGAGUGUGUAUGGAAUGGGUCAGACAGUGUCAUCAUGACCGGCUCCUACAACAACUUCUUCAGGAUGUUUGACCGCAACACCAAGCGUGAUGUGACGCUUGAGGCCUCGAGGGAAAACAGCAAACCCCGGGCUAUCCUCAAACCCCGAAAAGUGUGCGUCGGGGGCAAGCGAAGAAAAGACGAGAUCAGUGUGGACAGUCUGGACUUUAGCAAAAAGAUCCUGCAUACAGCUUGGCAUCCUUCAGAAAACAUUAUAGCAGUGGCGGCUACAAAUAACUUAUAUAUAUUCCAGGACAAGGUUAACUAGGAGGACAAGCUAUUACUUAGUCUCAUACUGAAUACUAGUCAAACGAGUUUUUAAAUGUUUCUUUGGGUCUUCAUUUGAUGCAUUGCAUUUUAUUUCCCUAUGCAUAAAACAAUUGGAAUAGGAUUAAAAAGGAGUUCAAUGUUCUCAGCUCCCCAAUUCUAAGAAACUUUUGUCCAAUUCGGUAGGCUCGGGCCACUUCUGUUUAGAACCGAGAGCUGCCAACUGGCACUAAUUCUCCCAUAGUCGACUUGAAUUUCUGAUGCAUUCACUCAUUGCCCAGUUUUCUCUGGUGGGUUCCGUGUUUUGUUUCUAGGUGUCUGCUCCGAUAAAAAUGAGAUUGUCUGUAGUAUUUAAGGCGAAGAGAUAAGGUUUUUUUUUAAUUAAAAGCAAUUCCAUUUGUUUGAAAAAAUCAACAAAAAAUAAACACUGUUUA